AUGUGUACAAUUUUCAGAGCAAAACUGUCCAUUUGUUCAUACCGAUUGGAACUACAUCUUCGAUCGUAUAAACGAAAGAUCGACCGUAUUCAUAUCCACUUGAGUAACACGUUCUAUCUACUCGAAAUGUUCUAUUUAGAAAACCGUUUUGGUGUCUGGUUCGAAGAAGAGGACGAAAAUAAGAAUUUACCGAGGCCAAUGAAUACUGUAACAAGAUUGCGGCAGUUUAGUGGAAGCUUUGAGGCGGAACACGAUUGUCUUCUCAUCUUAUUUCAACCGUUCCCGCCUUCUCUGUGUUUCGACGUCUCUCAUCUCCUACUUUCUCUAUAUUCUUGCCCUCUUAUCGAUUGGGCUUUUUACCUGAAUCAGCUGGAAAUUGAGACCGUCCGUCGAUACUUGGAUAUAAUCCUUCAGGGGAGAUGCGAACAGAUCACAUUCUUUCGAAGCGAGAUGAGUUGUGAGUUUUUGACAGAGUUGAUGGACAAGAUACCAUUGGAUAAGAAAUUGAAAAUCGAUUCCGGUAUUCCGGCGGAUUUCAGACAUCCUAAUGCUCUCAAAUUCUACGGUUCGCAAUAUAAAAACGGGCGGUGGAUUACACUGGAUGACCUGAAAACGAUUCGAAAUGUCUUGUAUGUCUACUUAGAUUCCACUAUUUUCAAUUGUCACGAUAUCAAUCAAUUCCUUCACUAUUGGAUUAACUGUGACGAAAAGAUGUUCGUUCAAAUGAAUUUACAGUUGGAUGAUAGCGUGGAAAUUGAUGAAGAUGCUGUGAAAGACGGCUUGAUCACCGUGCAACCCAAACAACUGGAAGAACCCGAUGAAGUUCUGUGCUUAUAUUUAAAAAUGAAGAACCCGAAUAAUGAACAAUGUGAUAUGUGUUGUUUGACAAUACUCAAGGAUCAUAAUGCCAGAUUCGAUUCUUGGAAAUCUGAUGAAACUUCAAUAAAAUCCGAAGUACUUGAAUUACUAGAGAAGAAAAAGAAUCUGGAAUUGGAAAAUGAAGAUUCGGAGACUUCGGAAACGAGGAAACAGGAGAUCGCAGAGGAAAUAGAGCAGUUGAUACUUCUUGCAUUUGAGAAGAACGAGAAUUAUUAUGUUUUUGAAGUCUAG